GACUGGCAGAGGGGUGUGCCUUUGGUUUACCUAAAUUACAGAAUGGUUGAUCAUGACAUGACAUGGUAUACAUAGAACUAGGAAAGAUGAAUAUGCCUGGCUCUAGUGUGGUGAUUAUAUUGUGUAUGUUGGUGAGUCUAACAGUGUCUCAUCCACUGUCAUAUGGAGAGGAUCCUGAGGUCAACUAUGAUGCUAUGGAGUUGAUCUCCUCUAAGGGCUACCCUGCUGAGGCUCACACAGUGAUCACUGAAGAUGGGUACGUGCUUGUGAUGCAUAGGAUACCGGGACCCAGGGGGACGCUGCAACAAGACAAGAAGCGUUCAGUAUUCUUCUUGCAACACGGUGUUCUCUGCUCGAGCACCAACUGGCUUACCAACCUGGCCAAUGAGAGUCUGGCCUAUCUCCUUGCCGACGCUGGAUUCGAUGUCUGGAUGGGUAACACACGUGGGAACACUUAUUCUAAGAAUCACACUUCACUAAAACCAACGCAAAAGGAAUUCUGGGAUUUCACAUUUGACGAACAUUCAACUAAAGACCUCCCCGCCAUGAUAAACUAUGUCCUGGACACGAGUCAACAAUCAGACUUGUUCUAUGUGGGUCACUCUCAAGGCACUAUCAUGGGGUUUGCAGGGUUCACCAUCAACCAGACACUUGCCAAACAAAUAAAGGCUUUCUUUGCACUAGCUCCAGUCACAACUGUCAAACAUAUUGAAGGGAUUUUACAACCUCUUUCUAACAUCUAUGACAUUAUCUACGUACUAGAGUUCGUAACUGACGGAGAGUUUCUACCAACCAGUAAGUUGGUCAAGUAUCUCAGUGAGUUGGUGUGUACUCCACAGCUGAGACUGGUGGACGGACUGUGUGAGGAUAUACUGUUCCUGUUGUGUGGCUUUGACCCAAACAGCAAAAACUUCAAUCAGACUCGUCUCCCCGUGUACUAUUCUCACACUCCUGCUGGCACCUCUGUCAAGAACAUCCUCCACUAUGCUCAGGAAGUGAAGUCAGGCCUGUUUAGUAUGUACAAGUACCGCACUGAAAUUGAGAAUGUCAAGCACUAUGGAAGACCCACCCCUCCCUCGUACAACUUGACAGAGCUGAACGUCCCUACUGCUCUGUUCACUGGCGGCCAUGACUGGUUGGCUGACCCCACUGACGUCAAUGCCUCUAUACCAGUACUCAACACAACAGGUCACGUUUUCUACCGUAAGCACAUUGCUCACUACGAUCACCUUGACUUUAUUUGGGGACUGGACGCACCAUCACUAGUGUACAGUGACAUCAUCACUAUGGCGAAACAACUCCUGCUAAGAGUUUGACAUGCUGUUUUUUAACCUAAUUUGUGUGCAUGUAUGUGCUUUUUUACUAUGCGUGUGUGUAUGUGUGCAAUCACCAUUGUGGUCAUUUCAGCUACAAUUAUUUUCCAGUGAAAUUA